AUGUACGAGGAAUGGUUACUCAACGCUUCGGAAGAAAACACUGCAUUAGCCCAUAUUAAUCCAAAUUCGUUAGAGAAUAACUUGGUUAAAUUGGGCAUCUUUAAACGUGCUAUCGAGAUUGGCAAUACGCAAUUGAUAACACAACAUGGGUCUAGAUAUUUUAGACAAAAAAAUGGCCUCGCAAUGGGCGUCGCGGAUUCUCCGGACCUUGCUAACCUCUUUGGAGCCCAUUUUGAAAUAAAGUCAAAAAUCUUAGACCACCCAAACGUGGCCUUCUAUGGAAGGUACAUCGACGAUUGUUUCGCAAUUGUUUACGCCGAGUCCGAAGCACUUGCACUUAAUCUUAUUAAAGAAACAAUAAAGUUCGAUGGUUGUGUUAUCGAAUGGGCUGUUUCCUCGUCGGGAUGUCAAUUUCUCGAUGCUUUCAUAUUCAAGGAGUCUGGAAAACUUCAUUGGAAGCCAUUUGUCAAGACAGGAAACAACCGAGAACGAGUUCCAUGGGUAUCACAUCAUCCUUUGGACGUCAAACGUGGCGUCUACAUUGGAGAGUUAUCCAGGUUAGCCGUACUAUGUAGUACCAAGGAAAUCUACAUCGGAGCAAUUAGAGACCUUAACGCUCUCUAUUUGAUGCGCGGUUAUCCCGAAAACCUAGUCAUGUCUUGGUGUAAGAAGAAUAUACAAGAACGUUGGGAAAAGCGAUUCGCUUUACGAGUCGCAGAGCACGACGAAUCCAUUCUUGUACUUAAAACCAGAUUUGAUCAGGUAUGGAAUUGGUUUUCAGCUGCUGAACUUGGAAAGACUGUUACCGAGUACUGGUCGGCAUGGUAUGAACAUGCCGAGAAAGGUCUGUAUAGUGCAGACUCGUCCAGACCCCUUAUCAAACCAGAUCCAAAUUACGUUCACGACCUCGAUGAUGUUCGCCCGGAGCUGUUCACACAGAUCCUCGUGGACGGAGAAACUGAGUUCGUACCGGAUUUGAGGAAGAUAGGACUACUCGGAAGUCGUUGGAUAGUAUCGCGAAAGCGCAAUACUAAUCUUUUCGACCUUGCAAAUGUGUGGAAGAAAACAGUCUUUCGUAAACUGGAUGAAAACAUCGCUGAAAAAGGUGGUGUUGUUCCCGAAACUCAAAACGUUAAUGAAACUUAUCAUUCUGCUCUAGUUGAAGCUGCUGAACAGAUAAGUAUCGAAAGUGAUAACGAGAUAAUACUUCAUAGACGUUCAACCUCACAAGAGAGGGAACAUCCAGAAUUCGGCAGAAUAUCCAAAUCUUACAACCGAUGA